CCACUCCCCUCCCCUCCCCUCCACUUCCCUCCGCCCAAAAGCUUACUUCUGACGAUCUCUGCCCUUCUCUGACAUGGCAGGCAACGGAUCCGAGUCUUACACCUCCCAUGUUGACUGCCGGGAGCUCGUCCCACGCGACACCGAGGAGAUGGCCGUCCGUGUUGGGCUCCGCCGCUCACGAGAGGAGUACGCCGGACAGCGCGCGGACUCCAUCCAGUUGGAAUCCAUUGCGUUCGCCGAAGUGGCGCAUGGAUCCGGCGCGAGGCGCGUCGCCGUUGCCUCGCCGGAGGCGGUGCAGUCCAUCUGGCGUCCGAACACCGUGCCAAAGGCAACACCUAUUGAUGUUGUACUGAAGGAUGCUAGUUUGGAAAGAAAAAUCAUGGAAGUGCCUAAGAAGUCGGGCGACGUCACUGAGAACAACAAUGAUCAGAUGAACGAUUUACUGCGACCAAUUAUGAAAAUACGGAAUAAUAUUCUUCAUGAGGAACACGUACUUCAAGAUCGAAGUGCUGAAUGUGAUAUGGACAUUCAGAAUAUCUUGAGGUUUAGGAAAUAGUAGGAAAGACAAGAUGUGUUUAGAUCCCAACCCGACUUCUUAGAAGGGAAAAUGACAGCUAAAGUGUUGGCAAUAAUGAAAAAGUAUAAGGAAACCGGCUCAAAUAUGAUGGAAGUUGCCAAUCCAUCUUGUUGUGGAGAUGGUGAUAAAACAAGGAGAAAUAAGAGGACGACACUGAAGGAGGCACUCCUCCACAACAAGUGCCAGGAGCUCAACGAGAUCUGUUAUGACAUGAAGUGUAUACCCCCAAGAUACACAGUAUUACCUUCACCAGAAGAUGGAAUGUUCCAUGCCAAUGUACAUUUUACAUGCCCUGGUUAUGACAUGAGCAUCACUGGUGGUGCUCAUCAGACCCCAGAUGGGGCGAGGUGCUCUGCAGCUGCCAAUCUGAUAACAGAGCUUCACAAGAAGGCAGCGGAAGAAGAAGAACAUGAAGAUGACGCAAAUAUUCCUAGUUAAAUUGCCAAAGUUGGGAACUAGCAGACGUCUGGAACCACCGGUAGUCAUUGCACAUUGUCUAAGCUAUUUUACCUCUGAGAGCUCGUGUUACUUUAGUUGUUUGAGUUGUGGAUUCUUACUAAGGUCAUUUCGUGUUGUGGAUUUUUAUCAGGGCAAUUUGUUGUGGAUUUCCUGGUUGUGCACAAUUUUGCGACAUGAGUGAACACAAAUUAUCGAUUUAAAUAUACACCUUUUCUAUUA